AUGCGCCGCGCCUUUCGCUACGCCGUGGACGCCAUAGGGCUGGACAACCUCGAGGGAGUUUGGCAAUCCGAGCUACGCCGGAUCUGGUUCACCCGUGCGGGCCGCCCUUGCGCCUUUGAGCACAUCUUCGUGGGUAACCUCUCAGAAGAUGCUGAUGGCCAUCCCGUGGCUGGCGGCCUCCACUGCUGGCUGAAGUUCUACCUCGAGGAGCUGCGAGGUACUGCGAAGUACCUUGGCUACAUGUACAACCGAAGGCCCAAAGAGGCCUUGCAGGAUCAUCGCUACAUUUCCGGGAAGUUCACCUGGCAUCAUGCAGGCCGUGACCUGCUGAAGGAAGAAGGCGGCUUCUUCGUCGGAGUCUCGCCAGAGUGGCUCCUGGCCGAUGGAACCAUCGCCUACCUGGAAACUCGCGACAGAGACGCUGAAGAGCACGGCUGGCAACCCUGGCUGGGCGCGCGGGAUCGAGGCUACACCAAGGACGUGAUCCACGAAGGCUUCUGCUAUCGGAAGGUGGUUUGCCAUAGCGAUGACGGAGCUCUUGUCACCGUCUUCUCCUCCUUCCUUGGUGUCGCCAGGCGCCCAGAAGAUGCAUCAUACACGGCGCAUCUCGAAGAGAUCCUUCCUGAGGCCGAGCUCACCCUGAAACUCCCGGAUGUCCUGGUGGCCGAAGGUAUGGCGAAAGGACCCGGCUCUGAUUUCUGCAGCGCAGCGCUGGCCUUUUGCGCCUCUCGGCACUGCCACACUCUGGGCGAGGCCCUGCGGGAGAUGCGCGAUGUCUUGAGCUUCACCUUGGAGGCCACCUGCCGCAAGGCCGAGGAGGAUGUCCAUUUGCAGGAGCUGGUGGCGGAUGCGGCGUAUCUCGAGGAGUUUGUGCAUUCGCACAGCGGCGCUCUCACCAGCGAUUCGCUGCCCGACCUGAUCGACGAGCUCAAGAAGCAGGGGCGCAAAGGCUCCCACGUGCACCGGCCGCUGCGAAUGCUCUUGACAGGACAUCCCUCUGGCGCCCGCGUCUCCGACAUCGUGAGACUCCUCGAGCUUGCGGAGGAAGAAGGAAUCCUCUGGAUGGGCCGCCGACUGGGGCUGGGUGCCGCAGCAGGACCCGGAUUCUGGAUGCUGGCCUCAUCGAUGAGCUUGGGUCACCCAGGCAUGGUUACCUUGGGGGAUGUGGUCGUUCACACCGAGAUUGGAAGCCGCAUUCAGCAUGUCACCUCUCAACAGGUGUACAAAGACGGCUGGGGGCUACGCAAGCUUUACAGCUACGCCUUCAGAAGGGAAGCCGAUUGCUACACCAGGGGUCAGACACCUGCUGAGUCUCCUUUGCAAAUUGGGUUCUCAGUGGAGAUGGAGACGCCGGUCCGGCGACUCGGGGCAAAGACAUCUCUAAAGGACGAGGAGGUUCUUUUUGUAGAUGAGUCGAAGUCCGACCAGCGAGCCCAGUUGGAUGAUCUCUUGAAGCAGAUCGCACUGUUGGAGAUCAAGCAUUGGUCUCAGUUGUUCCCCUUCUGUGCCGCCGAUGAGAGAGAGGGUUGA